AUGGGGGUGUGGUCAGUUAGGUGUGUGAUCCUGGUCAGCCAGGCUCUAAGGAAUAGUCCUUUAGAUCUGCUAAGUCCAUUGACUCUGGAGUCCCCUGGAAGAGUGGCUAACCCAGCUGUGACUCCCCAGCCAGGGGAGAACUGCCUAGAACCAGGACCAGAUGUCAGAGUUCAAGUGCUGGCCACAGACAAGCCUGCAGGAGAUGAGAUUGAUUUCAAAUAUGCCCUCAUUGGGACCGUGCUGGGCCUUGACAUCUCCGAAGGCUUCCUGGCACUUAAGAUCUGCCUGAUCUGGAAGCACCUGUCUGAUCAGGACUCUGUGGACCAGAGGAACACAGCCCGGAGUGUCCCUGGUGAGGGGCCUGGCAUUCUGCCCCACUCCGUGCUGCUGAGAUGGAGUGUGCCAGUCAGGUUUCUGACACUGUGA